GCAUUGCCCACGUCCAUGACGCAAACACCGAGCAUGCACCUGUUAGAGAACAACAAUCUGGAAGUUGCUAUGGCACAGCAGCAACAGCAACAGAAUUCCCAACAGAGUCCACAAUCCAAUCAGAUUCAGAGUCAAAGCCAGAAGCAAAAGCAAACCGGUAGUCCAACGAACAACAAUACCAUUGAUGCUUGGAGAUCAAUUCAGGGUGGACACCAGUGGUGGAGUCCACCGUCAAGUGUUCAUCAGGAUCAGGAGAUGGUACAGGUAACACAAGCACCGAGCAUAAUAUCAGCAACGCUGAGUCAGGUACAGAGACUCCAGGUUCAGCAACCUGCUCAAUCAGACGUUGAUCAGCCCCUCGAUUUCUCCGUUGGUUCGUUACAACAGCAGAGGCUGCAUGCGCGUGUCAGGACAAUGCACGAAAGACUGCAGAGUCGUAUGCACAAUAAUAACAAUAAUAACAAUAGUAAUAAUAAUAAUAAUAAUGGUACUGGUGCUAGUGGACAAAAAUCAGAAAGAAUGAACGAGAGAAGGAGCUACAGUCCCAGUGAGGCCAGUACCAGUGGCAGCGAGGAUGAAGGGGUAUCCACCGGUGGAAGUCCCUCGGGGCCUUUGCGAGGCGCUGAAACUGAUUCGUGUGAUGCUGCAGCUGAGAGAUCGUAUGGGAAAGUAUGGAGAGGCGAUGGUGAGGUCGCGUGGCGGACUGAGCAAUCAUUCAAGAGAACGUCACCACACAAUGUCUGCCCUACGACGGGUGCGUCAGGUGGCAAUCCUGCGACACAUCCGCACCUGUCACCGCCCUCCGCUGCUCCGGUCACUCUACCCGAUCAUCGCAGUACUAGUCUCCAAGCGAAACAUACGAUUUCUCCAGCAAGUGAUGCACUUGGUCGAAUCGACAAAGAGCCAGCCUCUCCGGAAUCCAUCCAAGAUGCUGAUUUACAUGGUGAUGUGGAUGGUGCUGAGCUCAGUGGAGAUGAUCGGAGUAUCGCCAGCGACGUUCAGGAUGGAAACGAGGCGAUCUUGGAUCACGACUCCAUGGACUCGGAGCGAGGAGCCCUCAACCUGGUUACCGAUGUUUCACAGCGAAACAGCAGUAGUGGAACAAGCGGUAGUGCCUCAUCCCCGAGUUCCGGGGUCAGCAGUCAGUUGACCGGAAGUCACGCUGGCAACACGAGUAACUCACAAGCAGCAUUAGCAGCCCAACUAGUCGGACAGCAACUCCUGAUGCACGGCUCCCUAGGUGCCCUGAGCUCCCAGGAGAUUCAAGCCCUAGCAUCAACCCUCCAACAACAACAGCAAUCCCUUCAACAACAUCUCCAACAGAUCGCUAUGUUCCAACAAGCAAAUCCAGCGGCCGGUCAACUUCCUGCGCAGGCGCAGUUCUUCCUUCAGAAUCAGGGGCUGUUGCAAAGCGGUGGCUACGCCCAGAGACCGAGUCAUCCGCGCUCACAGUCCAUGCAGGUUCAGCAGGCGGUGGCGCAAGCAGCUCAACAACUCCAGGCUCUCCAGAAGCAGCAGGCACUGCAGGGUGGUGGUGGUCUCGUGGGAAGAAAUGUGACCCAGCAGAGAUCACCACCUCCUCCGGGUACUCCACCGACGGUAAAACCACCGACGGCAAGGCUUGAGCCGUCGCCAGAAGAGACAACGGAUCUUGAAGAGCUAGAACAAUUCGCUAAAACAUUCAAGCAGAGGCGCAUCAAGCUCGGGUUCACGCAGGGUGAUGUAGGAUUAGCUAUGGGAAAAUUGUACGGAAAUGAUUUUUCGCAAACAACGAUUUCCAGGUUCGAAGCACUCAAUCUCUCGUUUAAAAAUAUGUGUAAAUUGAAGCCACUUCUGCAAAAAUGGCUUGAGGACGCUGACAACUCGCUUAACAAUCCCAACUCACUCACGAAUCCAUUGACAACACCGGAAGCCAUUGGAAGACGACGAAAAAAGCGCACCUCAAUAGAGACAAGUGUUCGUGUUGCACUUGAAAAAGCAUUCAUGCAGAAUCCAAAGCCAACGUCUGAGGAAAUAACGAUACUAGCUGAUAGUCUCGCGAUGGAGAAGGAGGUUGUGAGGGUGUGGUUUUGCAAUAGGCGACAGAAAGAAAAACGAAUCAAUCCACCAACAGCAGCAAUGGGCAGUCCGACGAUGGCCUCACCAGCGCCCUCUGUAUUUGCAUCGCUGGCUAGUUCGAUGUCGGGGAGUCCCCUGGCUUUAACAACCCACUCGUCAGGAAUGGGCCACUCCCACUCCCAUCCAACCCCACUGGGCUCCCCCAUACCCCUUGCCCUUGUCGCCACAGCCGGGAGUAACUAUCACGCCUUGAACACCAAAUCUCAUGAGUGACAUCAACCUGUCACCCAGCAUGAUAAUGCUGCACUGUACCAUCAUCACCGUUCGCAGUCACAACUGCCGCAUCAAUUUCAUAAUCAGCAUCAACGACGCUUGUGCAAUCUACCCGAAUUUUAUCACUAGUCGGGAUGCCAACGAUCCACUGAAAUUUUUUCAUUCCUCAGUAUCAAGUGUGACGAUUCAAUUGAUCAUUCAUUGAUACUGAGAGAUGAACCUGUGGCACUGGCGACGAAUAUUAACUCAGAGAUGAGGGAAAACGUAUGUAUACGUGUGAGUUUUCAAAUAAUUCAAAAAGACUUGACAAUUAAAUUUUUUUAUUGACCGUUUAAUAUUUAUGUCAGCUUAUGAACAAACUCGUGGUGAUUGGUGUGCAUGUACAGGAGAGCAUGGGAAUUCAUCUCCUUUUUUUCACAACGAAAAAAUAGCGAUCAAUGUACAUAAUUAGAAAAAAAGAGUUAUUAUUAAUAAUUAACGCAGUUGAUUGGAUUGAAUGAGAGAAAUCCAAAGAUCCGCGUAAUGUUGAGGAAUAUAAUUGGUCGGAGGAAUGAGGUAUAUUGUCUAGGGAGGGCACCUAUUGAUGUAACAGUGAGGGAGUCAUGUGUUUGUAAUGGGCGUACGUUAAUCGAUUAAUCUCGUUGAUUACAAUAUCAAUUCAUAUGUAAUAUUUCUAUUUAUGAUUAUUUAUUUUUACAGCCAAUUUAUUAUUAAUUUGUGGGAGGAUGCAAUCAGUGAUGUCUGUAUUGCUGAAUGCAUUUUCUUGGAUGAAUGAGUUUAGUACCACCGAUUUAAUCGCGAGGUUGAUCAAACACGUAUGACAAUACCAAGUAUUAUAGGAUAACCCAUUUUUUUUGUAAUUCUGGUGUCGAUGGGGUGCUUUAGUAAAAAAAAAAAUUGAUUAUCCACGUAAUACGUCUCAAAUGACGUUAUUAUAUUUAUAAAUAAAUGUAUAUAAUUAUAGGAAUUAUAUCAUAAAGUAUUAAGCAUGUAUCGACUGUUCAGCUCUAUAUAAAUAUAGAUACGCAUAUUCACCAUAUAAAUAUAUAAAUAAAUGUAUUGUAAAUAGUCUGGUAAUUUUUAA